AGUGCGUUUUUUCUGGUACGAAACCGAAACAAACUGUGCCACGCUUUCUUCUCUCUCUCUCUCUCUCUCUCUCUCUCUCUCUCUCUCUCUCUCUCAAUAUUGUUGGAUUCUCUCACACUCUUUAAACGUUCCUUUCACUCUCAAUCAAUUCAACAUUCACAAUUACCCUUUCUUUCAUCUCUACAAACAAACAACAACAAAAAGUCCCUGUUUCAAAAUCAGGUUUUAGGUUACAAUGGCUGUCAAUUCUGGCCAAAUUGAUUUAAAUGCCGAUGCUGUUUUAUUUGAUAAAGAGAAUCAGGUUUUGGGUUUUAAUUCUACAACAAGGUCUAUUGUUAAUAAUGUUGGUGUCUCUUUUUCUGAAACCCUAAUUAGUCAUGUUGGUGGAACCAAUGGUUCAAUGGACAUGCUUUCUGGGAGGAAUAAUAUGAACUCAGGGUGUGGUAUUAUGAUUAAUAAUGGUGGAAAAGAGGGUUUUUGUGAAGGAAAGGGAAUAAUUGAUGUUGUUAAUGGAGGGUGUAAUGGGAAAUUGGGAGAAUUUUCAUGUGGGUUGGUGAAGAAUGAAGAUGAGAAAAAGGCUAUUCAGAUUGAACAAGAGUGUGAGAAUGUGGGGAAAGUUGCACUUGCAUUGAGUGAUGAGGUUCCAGGAGUUGAAGAUGAUGUUAUUGAGUGCGACCACAAGGUUAUGAAUGUUGCUUUGGCAAAAUUAUCCGCAGUUGCAGAGGAUGAUGGCAUUAUAAAAGGUGUUGGUAGUUUUGUUAAUAAAGACAAUCCUGAAGAUUCUCGUGCCUUGGGUUUUGCAACCUACCAGUUACAGGAUGGAUUUCCGUAUGUUGAACACAUGGAUGUCAAUGCAGCAGAGCCUUUGGAUGUGAAACAUUCAUUUUCGAUAUGUUGUCACGAGAUUGAUUCUUCUUAUGAGUUGAAACAGCCAGCCUUUCUGUCAGAUGCACAAGUAGAUUUGACUCAGAAUCAAACCACAAAUAUCAAUAUUUCUGGUGCAGGUAUCUCCGAGAAUAUUCAAUACAAUGGUCGUGAUUUUGAUCUUGUGGUAGAUCUUAAUUCUUUCAAAAACACUCAGGAGGAUAGUGUGCCUACGGAAUCAGUAUUUUCUGAAGUUGCUUACCGUGUAUCCGAUCUUGUAUGGGGAAAGGUUAGGGAACAUCCUUGGUGGCCUGGUCAGAUCUAUGAUCCGUCAGUUGCAUCGGAGAAGGCAAAGAGGCACCUUAAGGAAAACUGUUACCUGGUAGCAUAUUUUGGGGAUCAAACAUUUUCUUGGAAUGAUGUGUCAAUGAUAAAGCCAUUUCACAAACAUUUCUCAGAAAUGGAGAAACAGAGUGAUUUGGAAAUUUUCCGCCAUGCUGUUGAUUGUGCUUUAGAAGAGGCCUCGAGACGGGUUGAGUCUGGCUUGUCUUGUCGUACGCCUGGAGAAGUGUCUUCUAAGCUGAAAACACAAGUAAUUGCUAAUGCUGCAUCAUCUUUCGAACCGACGGAACUUGUCAAUUUUGUUAAAUCAUUAGCCCAGUCACCAUUUAUUGAAUUUGAUAGACUGGAUUUUGUAAGUGCUCGUGCUCAAUUGUCGGCUUUCUAUCACUCAAAAGGCUAUUCUCAACUGCCUGAGUUUGCAGAGCCUGGUCAGUUGUUUGCUAAUGAUAUGGAUCAAUUUAAUGAGCAAAUUCUGAUGAAAACCCACCAAGAAUUUUCUCAGAAGUCCCAGUACAUCUCUCGAAAUAUGAAGCAGACCGACAAAAAGAAAAAACUUUUGUCAGAUUUAAUGUCUGAGGGGAACUCCUGGACUCCAAAUGGUGAAUGUAUGUUAGAAAAGAAAGCUGGUGAUAAUACAAUUUCACGGCGUGGCAGGAAACGCAAGGCAGCACAUGAUACUUCAUAUGAUUAUUUCCAUAAUUCCCAAAUUGAUGAUGAUAAAUCAACUUCACAGCGUGAAAAGAAACCGAAGGCAGCUUAUAAUACUUCUGACGAUUAUUUCCAUAAUUCACAGCGUGGAAGAAAACGGAAAUUAGCAUACAAUACUUCUGAUGAUUGUUUCAAUAAUUCCCAAACUGGAAACGUCAUCCAAUUACAGAAUGUAUCACUAGAUGAGAUGCGGUCACAACUAUGCUUAGCUGCCAAGGAUCCUGCAGAUGAAAGUUGCUUCAAUGACAUGAUACAUUUCUUUCUAGAAUUUAAAAAGUUCACCGGCCGUAACGAUUCUGUUUUUCUGGAGCAGGGAUUGUCUUUAGAACAAGAGCAUGGGGGUGAGACUGGAGUAGUAACCUCCACAGAAGCUGCUGCUACAGCUUCUAUUUCACCACCAACACCGAUGGAGCGUUGCAAUGAUUCUUAUUGGACUGACAGAGUAAUUCAAAGCAUUUCUGAAGAGGAGACACUGUUAAAAAACCAGAAAGAAAAAGACGAACUUUUGCUAGCUGCUGAAAUUAGCCCUAAUAUGGGUUUAAUGUAUCAAGAUACUGAUGAAAAUAUGGGUUCAGAACCUUCAAACCUUGUGGAACAUGUGAACGAGAGUUCUCCGACUUCUCUUACUCUGAAAUUUACAUCCUUGGAUUCGGUUCCUUCAACAACGGAUCUCAACAAGAUCUUUGGCCGCUUUGGGCCACUAAUUGAAUCGAAGACUGAACUGCUAGAGAAGACUAACCGCGCCAGAGUUGUUUUUGAAAGACGCUGUGAUGCAGAAACUGCUUUUAGUAGUGCUGGAAAGUAUAGCAUAUUUGGACCUUCACUACAAAGUUACCGCCUCAAGAUUUUGCCUCGAACACCAAACAAAGUUCCAGGAAAGAGAGGCAGAAAAAGCAAAAAAGAAAAAAGUUCCAUGGAUGCUGCCGCAGUUUGAUUCCUUGACAAUUAUCAGUGAGUUUAUGUGAAUAUCAGUUUAGUUAUAGUAUUUUGAUGAGUUAUUAAUUUGGCUAGCAUGCUAAUACAUAGAAUUGAGUAGCUCACUAGUUGAUGAUAUAUAUAAAUCUUCUGGGGAUAGUAUCAAUUCCAUUUAAUUAUGAUGAUGGAUAUAUUUUGGGACUAAUAUGAACAAAGUUUGAAGUUUCAGUUAGUAUAUGACUUUUGUUUGACAAGUUAUAUUUGUUAAGACUGGUGCAUUAUUAUUCUGAAAACCCAAGGUGUUUGAUUAUACUGCAUCUUCCUAUUCAAAUUUUUAUAGUUAUUCGAAAUUGUUUGUUUUUUUUUUGAAGAAGCGUUAUUCGAAAUUGUAUUGCAUGAUUCAUAUCCAUUCCUUCAUUUUUCAUGGAUACCAUAUUCUCCACUUAGAUUCUUUAAAUAUAUAUUUUUUAGGUUCAACCUAUAAGUCUCCUCUUAAGAAUUUGUUGCUAAAUAUAGUUUUAUGAGCAAUUCUUACGGUGUCUUUCGUUUAGACUCAACCACACCAUUGUUGGUCUAUUCUUUUACUUAUUGGCUAUUUUAUUUGGUGAAUUUAUUGGCUAU